UACCUGCAUCUACAUCCUCUGUCAAACCCCAAGUCAUAGUUGGGGAAAAACACACACCAACACGCACUUGCUCCUCUUCCUUUCUUGCUUAUCAACAUCUUCCUAUAACUGUAUUUCACACACUGUUUGUCUAUCUAUUACUUCCUUUUGAUUACAAAGAUUCAUAUUUCUUUUGUUUUUUUUUUUUUUUUUAUAAUUUAAGUUACAUCAUUUUGAUAAAGAUGGCAUCGGGUUCGGGUUACCAAGAAUGGGAAUCCGACCCGCUCUUCUCAGCAGCCGAAGUUGUUCAAGAUUCCGCAGACAGGAUGGAAUCAGUGUAUCGUAUUUUGUUGCACGAACAAAGUCUUGUUCAAGAAACCCAUCAUCCUGAUCAGAGGUUGCUUGCAUCCUUGCAAUCUCACAGGCGUCAACUAGCAACUAGUCUCGAGACUGUCAAGUGGCAGCUUGAAGAUUUUGAAAGAGAGGUGGCACUGGCAGGAGCUACAUCAGACAAGUCUCAGAGAAAGCAAAUUGCCAUUUCUAGGCACAAGCAAUUUAUAGGAGCCAUUGCGGGACAAAUAUCACAGGUGAGUCAAAGCUUGGAGGAUACGUCCUUGGUGAGGAACGAGUGGGCUGACUUGGAUGAACAGGACAGAGACGGGUUUGCAAUGUUUCUAUCGGGGGGUAAUUCUGUUCAAGAUGUAGCUCAUCAUAAUAUAGAAGAUCGCAGCAUGAUGACGAUGUUUCUGGAUCCAUCCUCAUCAACUAGUUUCAAUAAUGAGAUUGUUGAGCAGAAGCCUGGGGAGUAUGUUAGUUUGGAUAUGAGUGCGUUUGAACAAUCAGAAAAUGUGGUGUUAAGAAACGUCGCUUCUCAGUAUAAUGUGCAAAUUGGUUCUGAAGUGUCCGAACAUAAUGAGAAAGAGGAUUGGGUUCAGGAAGCUAAAAAAGCUGAUAGUAAGAACAACUCUCACGGCAACAAGUUGGGGGUGUUCUACAACAAAAUUAAAACUUUGGGGUCAUUCAGGAAUGUAUUGUCGGCAUAUGGGACCAGAGGCUAUAGGAAAUUUACUAAGAAGUGGGAAGAUGCAGAAGAGCAAGGGCAUUCUUGGAAUGAUAUUUUCCAUGCUACACAAGGGAUGCAGCGUCAGUCUAUAUCACUGAGAUUCGCUAUUGCAUGGAGCAGUGUUCAGAGAUUGUGGUUGGAGUUAUUUGCAGCAGUGAUGUACUUAUUUUGGCGGAUCAGAGAUUGGUGGAGAAAAUAUCAAAGGCCUCGUAUAACAUAAAAGAUCCACAUUCCAUGCUACUGAUUGAAAGCCAAUAUUGUUUUUGAAUUGGUAUCACCAUCUGUUUAUUAUAUAUAUGAAAAAAUUAUAUACCUUCCUUGACCUAUGCCUCCUAUUUUAAUCCUGUUAUGAACACUUUUACAAUUUGAAUUUGGGUCACAGCCAGUAUCUGAA